AUGGAGUCAGCAGGGGAGUGUACCCCGGCCAUUGAGGUGGAGGAGCGCGUCCAGGAGCAUGCAGAGUAUGACGGGAGGGCUGCCAACUGUCAGGGGUUCCUCCUUCAAUUAAACAUCUAUCUGGCCACGGUCCACCCAGCUCCAUCGGACCGUGAGAGGGUGUCCACCCUCGUCUCGUGCCUCACAGGGAGAGCCCUGGAGUGGACCAUCGCCGUGUGGAGAGAGGAAGAUGUGGCGUUGGACCAGAUGAAGAUGCAAAGGCACAAGUUUUUUUUCUUCUGCGCAUUUGCUCUGUGUGUCUUCUCCCAGCUUCACAACUACAAGGCCCUCCACCACAUGCCUAUACUGAGUGAGCUGUAUGCCUCCUCCGUCAAUGCCCUGAGUUUCCUCUGGAGAGGGAAUGGGAACCCUUCAAACAAUGCUCACCCAGAGAGGAGGCCUCUACCUGGGCCUGUACCCUCCGACACUGGCCUGUGGGAACCAGAGGCAUACCGAGAGGACCAGGGAAACGCAGAGGUGGGGAGAGAGAUUGGGCGUGGCAGUGAGGACCCGUGGGGUAAGGAGCAGCCUGACUCAGUGAAUGUAAACAGAAUGACGGUCACUCUCCCAGACCCCAAAGGACCAUGGAGGGAACUUCACAAACGGAGCUUCCAUCUUAGCGAUGACCCCACCCCGUUCUUUGUGCGCACCAAGUCUGGAGCAUACUGCUUCAGAGAGGGGACGGAAAUGGCUUCUCUCAAAGACCAUUUAGAACAAAAGGUCCUGGAACCCGGAGAGGGCCAGCGUAAGAUCCUGCAUGCACACCAAGAGGAACCCAAGUCAGCCCAGGAGAAAACAGCCUGGGGGAAAAGGCUGGGGAAGUGUAUGUGUCGCCCAGGCUGGCACGGCCCUCACUGUGGCAUCCCCACCAUGGUGCAACACUCCAACCUGCCCACUAAGGCGCAUCUGACACUGAGAAAGGUUCCUCGAAGGGUCAUCAAUGCCAUUAAUAUCAACCACGAGUUUGAUCUCCUCCACGCCCGCUUUCACGAGUUGGCUGACGCUGUGGACCUCUUCCUGGUGUGUGAGUCAAACUUCACAGCCUACGGAAAUUCCAAGCCGCUGCACUUCCUGCGCCUUCUGCUUAACGGAACCUACAACUAUGUGCACCACAAGAUCCUCUAUGUAUUCCUCGAUCACUUCCCUAAAGGUGGCCAGCAGAACGGGUGGAUCGCUGACGACUACCUGCGAACAUUUCUAAGCCGUGACGGAAUGUCCAGGGUGCAAGGCGCCAGGCCAGAUGAUGUCUUCCUCAUCAACGAUGCAGAUGAGAUCCCUGCCCGCGAGGGCAUCCUCUUCCUCAAACUCUACGAUGGCUGGACGGAACCUGUGUCCAUCCACAUGAGAAAGUCCCUUUAUGGUUUCUUCUGGAGGCAGCCCGGGACACUGGAAGUCCACUCCGUCUGCACGGUCGCCAUGCUCUUCACUGUCUACAAUGGAGACGGGAUAUUACUGAGGCGCAGGGAUUACUUCUCCAUGCCGGGUUUCCGGAACUAUCAGAGGGAGAGUGGACACAUCCUGGUGCACUGGUCCAUUGGGAGCCCCGUCCACUACGCAGGCUGGCACUGUUCCUGGUGCUUCAGACCAGAGGGAAUUUCCCAAAAGCUCAUCUCUGCCCAGAAUGGAGACUUCCCCCGCUGGGGCGACUAUGUGGAAAAACGAGACCUGAAUUACAUCAAGGGCUUGAUCCGGACUGGGGGAUGGUUCGAUGGCUCGGUGGGGGAGUACCCACCCACAGACCCUAAAGACCCUAUGUACGCACCCAAAUAUCUAUUAAAGUACUUUCAGCUGUAUCGCUACAUACUUGAUAACCCAUAUGCUUGAAUCUUGUAGAAAACUGGUGAGGAUUAUAUUCUCAUUGUUGAUUUCAAUGGAAGGAUGAUUAAUUUCAAGGGAUGUUUCCUGAACACAACAUCUCUCUGAAUUUGGAUCUAUGAAACCUCCACCUUCCCCUCUGAUUGAAGUUUCAGGCUGUCCACUUCCUGUCUAAGAGGAGGGGUGAUGAAGGACAUUCUAGUGCCACCAGUUUGCGUUUCCAGAGACCUUUGUGAAGAAAGAGACCUGAAAAACGAUCAGUGCACCUUUCUGUGGUGGUGGUGGUAAAACUGUGUUACUGUGGUUGUUGGUUGUUGGUUGUUCGAACAACAUAGGGAAAUAUAGCAGGAAAGGGAAAGUCGGUUUUAUAUUGUUUAAUACAAACCCAGGUAUCCCUCACUAAUGCACUAUUGGUUUAUCUUAGCCGUCGCUUGCUUUGACUACAUAACUAUCUUAUAGACUUCUUGUAAACAGAUCAUUUAUGGUGCACAGAUGAAUGAAUUUGAGGCCAAAAAGCAUAUGUAAUUAGAACCACGUGAUCCUGCCAAACAGUUGUCACAAUGCUUUUAUACAUUCUUGUAAUCUGCAUGCAUUGUUCAUUGAGAGAGACAUUUCUUGAGAAACAAAAUCCUUCUUCUUCUGCUAUGGUCUCGUGAUUCACGUCGGGUAUUUCAAUCUGUUCUAGAUAGUCAGCUUUACAUUCAUAAGCAAACAUAAUGGUUUCCUUGGUUUUGUCCUUUCAAAAUGCAUUGUAAUUCUUCACAAUUUAAAACCAUUCCCCAUGAGAAUACUAUUCUUACAGCUCCUACGGACAUGUUCCCUGUGAACAGGAUGUAUACCAACGACACCGAUGAAUGUAAUUGAGAGUUUAUUGCAAUUUUAUUGCUUAGUUAAGAAACAACAGACUGUCUGCUAUCAAUCAGGUCAACCUUUGAUACGCUGCAAGUCAUUGGUUUCCGCCUAGAGUACACUGAGAGGCCUAUUCAGUGGAAACUGGUGAUUAACAAAAGAAACAAAAAUGAAUGAUGUAAUGAAUAUCUUAGUUCAUUCUUGUUUUGCACUGUUUUGCACUGUAGACAUUGUUUUGUUUAAUAGCUACAGUACAUGAAUCCAAACCUAUUGGCAGUAAAAGCAGUAACAGGGCGACAUAAAGACAGACAAAGUUCACAAAAAUAAGUAAUUUAUUACUUUUAUUACAUAAUUAUUAGUAUAUUUUUACUUCCAUUUUGGUCAUUUAUUAAAUUUAUUUAUUUUUUAAUCAUGCCUCUAUUUACCGUGCUUGGCUUGGGCAGGAGCUCAGCUGAGCUGAGUACUGGCACCUUAAAUGUUCUACUGCUUGAGCUCCUACACAUCUUAUAGAAUAUUAGCUCAAAAGUAUUGUGGCGCUCCUGCACCUAAAUAUAAACAGUGCCAGCACCCAAAAUGAGUACUGAAAUCGGUUCCAAGUCAAGUACUGUCUAUUUAUCCCCAGAUAAAUAUACAAUAUUAGGAGGGUUUAAGACUGCUGUUAACUGUUGUUAAAUCUUUGAUAGAUUGACUCUAUUGUAUGAAAUAGAGUCAUGUCAAUGUGGACACUUUUGCUCAGAAUUAGCUUUAGCACCUCCUUGUCUUGGGAGAAUAAGUUUGGGAAUAAGGGGAUAAUAAUAAUUUAUUGGUUAUUGCUGAUGUUUCUGUUUGGAAUCUGAUGCUUGUGAAUUGAUGCUCUGACUUGCAGUUUGCACACAUUCUCAGCCACAGUGUCUACAUUUAAAGACCAGAAUCUCAGGAAUCUUAAGGAAUGGCAUCCCAACUACAGGGACUACACUGUUGUUCAAUGAGGCAGCAUGUUCACAUUGACAAAAAAAAAGCCUUGGAUGUGGUUGACUGCGUUUUUAGGGGGAUUUAGACAUCUGCAUGGUCUUUUGUCAUUUAUCAUUUCUGGAUGGUGUCCAAUAAUGUUUGUGCCACUAUGAGGUAUAGCUCCUGGGUUCUAACUUCAUUAACAGAUUGUUUAAAUAAAUCAACAACUAAGGUGACUUAUUUUGAAUCUUGCGCAAGACCUGAGUCUCUUUCCUCUUCCUUUAUCAAUCAUUCCGCUACAUAUUUUAUUGUACAUGUCCCAAUGUCUCAAUGUGAAUCGUGUCAGAAAUAGCUGUUCAGUGACUGACAAAAACGAGUCGUUUAACAGCCAUAAUGAAAGUGAAUGUGUUAAUUACCUAGCAUUACCUACCUACUAGAGUGGCAGGUAGCCUGGAGGUUAGAUUGUUGGGCCAGUAACUGAAAGAUGGUGUCACGCCUGCUCUCGCUCUUCCCCCCUGGCACUCGAGGGCACCAGGCUCCCCAGCAUUACGCACUCCUGCAACCUUCAUUACGCACACCUGCCUUCCCCCCGUCGCACGCAUCAUCGAUUAUUGGACUCACCCGGACUCAAUCACCUCUGUCAUUACCUCCCCUAUAUCUGUCUGUUCCCCCGCUCUGUUCCCCACUUCGGCAUUGUCGUUUGUUGUUGUUUACCCGUGUGCUGAUGCUGUUCCUGUUUGGUUACCUGUCUGUUCCGGAAUAAAUGUUG